GCAUCUGAUUAUUUGUCUUCCAUAAUCGCAAUUUAGAUCGAAAUCCUCUCGGCCAAAUCAGCCGCACCAAACCUCACGCGCCACCGCCAUGGCGAGUCCACCGACGCUACCUGUCUCCAAUCAACAAGCCGUUCAAUCUCAGCCGCCAAUCAACACUCCUGCCUUCCGUACCUUCUUCUCACGCCUCUCCACCUCGAUCCGCGAUGGCUUAUCACAGCGCCGCCCAUGGACGGAGCUCGUCGAUCGGAGCUCCAUGGCGCGACCUGAGUCUCUCACCGAUGCCUUGUCCCGGAUCAGGAAGAAUCUCGCCUACUUCAAGGUUAACUAUGUCGCCAUCGUCUCCCUCGUGCUCGCCUUUUCCCUUUUCUCCCAUCCUCUCUCCCUCCUUGUCCUCGUCGGUCUCCUCGGCGGGUGGAUGUUCCUUUACCUCUUCCGUCCGUCAGAUCAGCCACUCGUCGUCUUCGGCCGCACUUUCUCUGAUCGAGAGACUCUCCUUGCUCUUGUCUUGUCGACGAUCGUCGUUGUGUUUAUGACGAGCGUCGGAUCUCUCUUAACCUCCGCAUUGAUGAUUGGCGUCGCGAUUGUUUGCUUACACGGUGCGUUUGUGGUUCCAGAUGAUCUCUUCAUGGACGAUCAAGAGCCUGCCAACGCCGGAUUACUCUCCUUCCUUGGUGGUUCUGCUACAUCGGCUGCUUCAGCUGUCGCAGGGAGAGUUUAACUCUAUCAACAGAGCUGGAUUCGAUUCAGAUCUAGAAGAAGAACAUGAUCGUUUAUUCAUAGUGGCUUUUAAAUGGAAUCGUAAGCCAGUUACUUAGAGAACCAAGUGAUAUUUUUUUUGUUGACAAAUUGUUGUUUCAUCUUCUAAUUUUGGGAUUUGUGUAAUGAUGUUAAAGCACAUUGAAUCAUCUUUAAUGUUGAUUAUAUUUUGCUCA